AUGGUACCCACUUCCUCAAAAGGAGGCAAGGCUUCCGCAGCCAACAGCCGGAAGGGUUCUAAGUUAGGUUUCAGCGAAUUCAUACCAUCCGAGUAUCUGAUUAAUCUUAAAAAAUACAAGUACUCAGGCUGCGACCGCUCCAUCUUAAGCCGUUAUGUAAUGCAGUCUUACUGGAACUUCGUAGUAGGUUUGGUUCCCAUGACAGUCGCCUCGAACAUGAUCACAUUCAUUGGAUUUUUGGUUGGGUUGUCAAGUCCCCUUUUGGUGUCCUUUUACUACUUCACUCAAAAUGCGGUGUAUCCGGCGUGGCUGUGGUACUACGCGGGCGCCAGCGCAUUUUUUUACCAAACAAUGGAUGCUAUUGAUGGAAAACAGGCACGCAGGACAGGGACGACAAGCCCUCUUGGUGAGCUCUUCGAUCAUGGUUGUGAUGCCUUCUUGAUACCACUUUUCCAAAUGAACGUUGUUUUGAUGGUAAAUAUGCCUCCUUGGAUGACUUUUAGCUACUUCCUACUAUCUUCAUUGGCCUUAUUUGCAUCGAUUUGGGAGCAAUAUAGCACCGGUACCCUUGAUCUAGGAUACUUUAGUGCACCUACCGAGGGAAUUCUGUUAAGCUGCGUACUCUUCUUUCUUACCGGCCGUUAUUCGACAUCGUUAUAUGACAAAAUGCUUAUAGGUCCCUAUAAUAUCCACAUCCCAGGUAGCUUGACAGCUUCGUUCUCGAAUGAUCCAAUAGUCAUUCAGAUUGGAUCGGGUCGGAGUAUUGGCUUUCUGUUCGCCGUUUGUUCAAUUGUUUUUACAAUUCUAAUGAAUAUCGCGCACGUCAUUACCGUACCAACUAUACAAAAGAGUAAGCCCAUGUGUUUUAUAAUAGCACUACCAGUGGUUCUGAUAGCAAUAUUGAAUAUUUUAUUCUAUAUCGCGUAUCCUGAAGUUCAUGAUACAUUUCCAUUAACUUUUGAGUUGAGCUUUGGAUUUCUGAUCUCGUUUAUGUCGACUCGUUUAACGUUAUCGAGACUUUCUGGGAUGCCAUACUCCUACUCAAAUCCACUCUACAUUCUAACCUUUGUUAUCACUGGAGCUUCCGUCGCUGUCCAUUUUUAUGGGUUAGAUUUCAUUAAGCGCUCUACCAUAGAACACUUCCUCGGGAUUGCCAUGACGUUUCUCACAUUAUUUGGGGUUUUUCAAUAUAGCUACAUGAUUAUAAGCGUUUUCCGUCAAGUUGCCUCAUUUUUAAAUAUUAACAUCCUUUCCAUCACACCCAAAAGACGUGAUUGA